AUGUCGAAUCUACCUCGACUCCUAAGAUUCCCUUCUGUCGUAAGAUGCUUCAGAAACUUUCCAAGAUAUUCAAGUUCAGCGUCUGGAAACGGUGAUCAGCCGGAAUUUAUACCUGUUCCGGAAUACGCAGAGCGACAUGGAGAAAACAUUGAAGUGAGGAAAGCUCGACUACUCUACCAGAGCAGAAAGAGAGGAAUGCUUGAAAAUGGUCUUCUUUUAAGUACAUUUGCUUCGAAAUAUUUAAGGGAUAUGACAGAGCACCAGGUUGAGUUAUACGACAAACUUAUUAACAAACCAAGUAAUGACUGGGAAAUUUAUUACUGGGCAACGGGAAAUAAGCCCACACCAGAGGAAUAUCAAAGUGAAAUAAUGGACAUGUUGAAGGAGCACGCAAGAAAUGAGGACAGGGAUUGUAGAAUCACUCAGCCACCAUUAUUUACUUGA